CCCACCCCACUCCAGUCCAGUCCUCUCCUCCUCCCCCCUGUUUCCGCUCUCACUCCCACUCCACAGCCGGCAGCCUUGUCGGCUCGGCUCCGCAGGCUCGGACGCAAUGGCGGUCGACCCGCGGCAGGUGGUGGCGGGGUUCCUCACCCUCUCCAUGUUCGUCAUGCUCGGCAACAUGAUCAAGCACGACCACUUCUCCCCCGGCACCGAGCUGGGCUUGGAGGCAACAGGUGCAGAGUUUAACACUAUGAAGCUUGAAGAUAAUGCUGAAAUGAGCAAUAUUGAUACGUCUGGGGUAGAGAACCUAAUGGACACUGCCGAGGAGGUUAAACCUUGCUGGACCAAACCAAGUCCAAAAACUCAACCGUCUAAUGGUUUUGUGACAUUCUCCUUGACUAUGGGCCCAGAAUAUCACAUCUCACAGAUCACAGAUGCUGUGGUUGUUGCAAGGUAUCUAGGUGCGACACUUGUACUUCCAGAUAUCAGAGGAAAUGAAUUAGGAAAUAAGCGAAAAUUCCAAGACAUGUACAAUGUGGAUAAAUUCGUGAGGAACCUAGAUGGUAUUGUUGAAGUAAUAGAGGAACUACCUGAUGAAGUGAGUGCUAAGAAGCCUGCAGUUAUUAGAGUACCAAACCGGGUGACUGAAAGCUUCAUCACAGACACUAUCCAGCCCAUCUUCCAAACAAACAGUUACUUAAGACUUGCAGUCGUUUUCUCUUCAGUGAGUUUAAGACCAAGGGAGACGAAUAACAAGGACUUGGAUGCGACUGCUUGCCUUGCAAUGUUCAGUGGCCUCGAACUGAAACAUGAAUAUUCUGAAAUAGCCAGGAAAAUAUCGGAUAAGCUUAAAGAAAUAAGCAGGAAAUCAGGUGGGAAGGUCUUGGCAAUUGAUUUGCGGACUGACUUGCUAGAAAAGAAGGGUUGCAAAACAACCAGAGGCGCUAGAAGAAAGGGCUGCUAUAAUGCAGAUGAGGUUCUGGGUUUCCUGAGGAAUGUUGGCUUCUCUGCUAACACAACCAUCUACUUGACGGAGACGUGGUGGCACAAAGGCCUGAAUGACCUGAAGGAAGAAUUUCCAAACACUUAUACCAAGGAUGACAUAAUACCAGCUGAGAACAAAGGCGAAUUCCUGAAAGCCAGCAACGACGACCUAGCGAGGGCUCUGGACCUCGAGAUCUGCUCGCAGAGCGACGUGUUCAUCCCAGCUAUCGCCGGUCUGUUCUAUGGCCAUGUGACCGGUAAGAGGAUCGCAUCGGGCCAUACCCAAAUCCUCGUGCCUUCUCAGUCCAGCGCCUCGACUCAGGCCUCAGACUUCAUCUCCACCUACAUCUCCAACAAGAACCACCUUGCCUACAAAUGCUACUGCUAGCAUGGCAUUUUCUACUGUCACUAAUAAGAUCCGCUGACGUGAGCCGCUGGGCAGUGCUCUGGGUGCGUAUACAAGUACCUUCCGUUGACGUGUUGUACACUAGUUGAAGUUUUGUUAUGAGGAAUGUUAAUUAGCAUAUGUUUUAUGUUGGUUGCUCGCUUGCUUGGACAUUGAAAUUUGGCGCAACAGCGAGGAGCAAAGAAUUGCAUGUAUGGUCUAAAAUGAACAUGAGGUUAUGCAUGUCAAAAGGGUGAGGCUUCAUGUGCCCAGUACCGCCCAA